AUGGACAGCACCGUCCCAGCCUCUGUGUUCGAUGACCUCGCCAACCUUAAGGCGGCCAAGCCCGAUCUCAAGAUCUUCGUCAGUAUCGGUGGUUGGACCUUUUCCGACAACGGUACGACAACUCAGCCUGUCUUUGGCAACAUUGCUAAGAGCGCUGCAAACCGCCAGACCUUCGCCGACAAUGCAUUAAGGUUCCUAAAUAAGUAUGGUUUUGACGGUGUGGACAUAGAUUGGGAGUAUCCUGGCGCCCCUGAUCGCGGUGGAUCCAAAGAAGACACAGAAAACUAUGUAUCGAUGCUAAAGACACUCCGGGAGACCUUUGACAACUCCGGUGCUAAUCUCGACAUUAAAUUCACUGCGCCAUCAUCCUAUUGGUAUCUACAGUGGUUUGACGUACCCGGCCUUCUCAAGUAUGCAGACUGGGUGAACCUUAUGACAUACGACCUUCAUGGCGUGUGGGACAGUACAAAUCCGAUUGGCUCUAUUGUUCAAGCCCACACGAAUUUGACUGAAAUCAAACUGGCCGUCGAGUUACUAUGGCGUGUGAACGUCAGGCCAUCUCAAGUUGUCAUGGGCUUCGGCUUCUAUGGCCGUGCCUUUACGCUGGCUGAUUCUAGCUGCACCACUAUAGGAUGUCCGUUUAGUUCUAGUGCAAAGCCUGGACCUUGCACGGCCACUAGCGGCUAUUUGGCGUACUACGAGAUCGAAGAAGUUCUGAAAAGCAACAGUGGCGUGGAUGUGAUCUGGGACAAGGAUGCCGCCGCCAAGUACUUUACUUGGGAUACAAACCAGUGGAUCUCAUACGAAGACUCGGACACGUUCAAGCAGAAGGUCGAUUGGGCAAACGAUGUGGGCAUUGGCGGAGCUCUGAUCUGGGCCUCCGAUCUGGACAAUUACGAGUGGACGGCACACAAGGCACUGACAGGCAGGACAAAUCUCGGGUCUGAGCUGAGCAUCAAGGUUUCUGCGCUGAGCACGUCCGUGCCUGCUGAUCUCGACUCCUUCUUUGCGCAAGACUGCUUUGUAUUUCCCUUUAAGGUGGAUCUGGACAACCCCCAGGCAUCUAGUUGCGGGUCUGGAUACACUAGAGUGGGAUAUGACAAGGCUGGAUGCAAGGGAAAAGAUGGCAUCUGCGGAAAGCCAAUCUGCUGCAAGACUUCGUCGGCACCCAAGGUAUGCAAAUGGCGCGGCUUUGGAGGCGACUGGAACGGCCAGUGCCAUGCGGGUGAGGUCGAACUCGCGUCGUCCAGCUGGGGCGGCAUACCGGGCGAGUCUGGAACCGGGAAGUGCCGCCGUGGUAAGAAGGCGUUUUGCUGCGAGGUUGGCAUCUUCAAUGCACUGAACUUGGGAUGCUACUGGACAUCAGGAUGCGACAAAUCGUGUAAAGCCGACGAACAGAAGAUUGCCCACAUAACAGAGGUCACGCUGCGCACAAGUGACCGAGGAGACAGCUUCGGUAGCUGCAACUGGAAUCGAAAGAAGGCACUCUGCUGCACGCCAAACCUCGAAACUUUGACAACUAUGACGUGCGAUGCGGACCUUUGUGCGGAUGAUUCUUGCGAAACUGACGAGCACGAUUAUGAUGAUUAUCCAACGAGCGUCUUCGAACGAGCAUAUGAUAACGGCGGUAUGUCAUCGCUCCGUGUCCGCUCGUACGAGGCAGCCGACGGAAACACUUGGUUCAACUACGAUGAGAGCAUCGAUUUUAAUCUGUUGGAAAAGCGUGGGCCCAAAGCUAGACCAGGACAGUCACGGAGUGGUUCAUUCAUCUUGAACGAUAUCUUGAAAACAGGUUUUUAUGGCGCGCAACUGGCUUGGGAGAGUAGGCCUUAUCCCUCAGGCCUCAAAGUGCUCAAAGGCGACGGAUCCUCUACACUUUCACUGCCAGGUGGUUAUGGAUCUAAACUAACUGGAGCGCAGGUUCAAAUGAUUCCGAGGUUCCUUCUUUCAACGCUUUUAGGCCAACUUCCAACUGGCGCUCCAAUGAAGACUAAGGUUAAUAUCCAGGCGCUAGUUCAAGGCUGGAACAAGGAAUUUGACGUGUCCCUGCCGCGCAUCGGCAGCAUUGUCACGGACGUCAAAAGCUGGACCAAGCCUUUGACGCCAAACGACCGCGUUUUCGAGGUGAUUGGAUCCUAUGCCUACCGCACGGGCAUGUCUGUACUACAGGGAAGCGUAAACCAAGUCAAGGGCAAUCUCAUGGGCCUGGAAAAUCCAGUCGACCUCAAGCGGCUCAGUGCAAACCUAGCUAAAAUCGCGUCAGGCGCUCCGGAGGCCGAAAAAUUGGCUGAACGCAUCAUGACGGCGCUGCAGUCCACGCCGGCUGUAUUCAAUUACAUAAACGACGCCGGCCUCCAACCCGCAUGGCAGGCGUCGACAGACCUGUUGCACAAGCAGCUGGUGUACACGAGUGAAUACAUUCCCGGGCUGGAAAACCUCUACGACGCGUGGCUUGAGUUUGAGCCGGACUACUACAAUGCAGUUAUGGGCUCGCCCUGGGGCUAUGUUGUUAUCCGCGCCGUCUACGGGCCCGGUACCGACGAACCGUGGCAGCGCAUGCUGGAGAAAGUCAAAGAAGACGUGCGCGAAACUUUCGAAUACUGCCCCAACGCGGGCAUCUUACCUGAACGCCAUGUCUUCACGACCAUCGAGGAUGCGGCGCGACUCGACGGGGCGUCCUCGCACGAGGUCCGCGACGUUUUCAUGGAAUGGGUUGUCGCCGAGAAGAAGAUCUGGGCGAAGCCGCCGGAUGUUGACGACGCACAUUGCGGCACGCGGUACAACUUUUGCCUGUUUUUUGACGCCGCCUGUCUCAAAAAGAUGGAGCAUAGUACUUCUCUCCAGGUGAAGCUCCUCUCGAAGAAUGCAAUGUACCUCGAACCCGAUGAGCGCAACUACGAGAUCUAUCCGGGCUGGGAGGACGGCGAGACAGAGCACGACGAAGAAGACGUUGGGUGGAUGUACCUGGUGUUUGAGGGUUACGUCGACUCGUACGCCUCAUUGGACGACCCGUCAUGGUGGCAUGACAUGCAAAAAGAACUUUGUGCAGUGGACGACUCGUGA